AAAAUUCAUUGUUGUUUUCUAUAACACACCAAUAAUUUAAUUUAUUCAGUUGUCUUAAAGGCUAAUUGGUGCAAUACCGAAAUAAAAUCAUGACUGACAUUAUCUACAGUGAAGCAGAAAAAACUUACAUUCUUCAUGGAAUACAGGAAAACUAUAGAGAAGAUGGUAGAGGCUGUGAGGACUAUAGACACAUGGAAAUUGAAACGGGUGUUGUUUCUAAUACAACAGGUUCAGCAAGAGUUAGACUGGCAAAUACAGAUUUAUUAGUUGGUAUUAAAGCGGAGUUAGGUUCACCAUCUCCAGAUAAUCCUAAUUGUGGUUGUAUUGAAUUUUUUGUUGAUUGUUCAGCAAAUGCUACCCCACAGUUUGAAGGUAGAGGAGGAGAAGAAUUAGCAACAGAAAUAAGUAAUGUUUUGACCAGAGCUUAUAGUAAUUCUACUUCUUUAGAUUUGAAAUCAUUAUGUAUCAUACCAAAACAACAGUGUUGGAUAUUAUACAUAGAUGUUUUAUUUUUAGAGUGUGGUGGUAAUUUGUUUGAUGCAGCUUCUGUUGGAGUUAAAGCAGCACUUUUCAAUACAAAAAUACCAAAUGUCACAGUCAACCAAGAUGAAGAUGAUAUGGAAAUAGAAUUGUCUGAUGAUCCAUUUGAUGUUCAGAGAAUAGAUAUAAAGUCAGCACCUUGUAUUGUCACCCUCAGUAAGAUUGGUCAUCAUCAUGUAGUUGAUGCCAGCCAGAAAGAAGAAGCUUGUUGCUUAGCCAGACUAAUGAUGGGUGUUACAGCUGAUAGUACUAUUACUGCAUUAAAAAAAGAAGGAUGGGGUAGUUUAAAUCCUGAGAGUAUAUUUGAGAUGAUGGAGUCAGGAAAAAAUGUUGGUAAAGUUUUAAACGCCAGUCUGUUGUCUCUAUUAGAAGAUGAAGAGAAAGGAUCCAAACGAAAAACUGUUGGAUUUUUGAAAUAGGAUUAUUGACUUGAGCUAGAUUAAAAUGUAAACUAUGUUAUGAAUUUACAUGGAUUAAUACUCAUGCUCUUGGACUAUGUGUAUGGUAAAUAGCAAGAUAUCAUUCCGGAUAUAAAAAGACAAGAUGUUGGAAUGUUGGAUGUUAAAAUACUUAGUGAUCUGGACAAAUAAAAUUAUUGAAGUAAAGAGGUGCUAAUAUGCUGUACAACGUAAUGCUAUCAGUUUAACCAUAAUUGUACUUUAUCUAACAUGAUAUGCAAUAUACAUACAACAAAGCUUUCAAAAUCUUGAGGUCCAUCUUAAAACAUUUAAAGUGGGUAAAUUUAACUCAUUGAACCUGGCAAAAAUGUUCAAUAGUGAAAUAAAGAAAGGUUGAUGAAAUACCAGUAGGAUAUAGAACUCUCUGGACAACUGUAAUAACUUUUAUUCUAAAAUCAUCAUUAACCAACAUUUAUAAAAUUAUACAGAGAUGAUUCAAUUUUCCGGUAUAUAAUUUAAAUACAGACUUCAUCCUGAGGGUUAAGACAAUAGUAUUAUUAAACUAUUGACUAUAUAUUUAUAUUUAUAUAUAUAUAUAUAUAUGUAUAUAUUAAAUAAAUAUAGUUAAAUGAAAAUAUUCAACAGAAAAAAAAUAAAUUUGAUUACUAGGAAAUGAUAAGGUGCAUGAUUAUGUCUUGACAAAACUUAAAAUGCAUGGUGACUCAAGGUAAGUCACUAAAAAAUUAUAAUUAUCUAUUAAGGUGUAUGAGUGAAAAUUUUAAUACAUUAUGAGACCUA